AUGGCCGCGGUGAUCAGUGAUUUUGUAUCUGACUCCAUGUGGAAUCAUACUCAUACGAGAUCGGGGUCUUCUCCACAGCAACUACCAACCGAAUCAUCAUUCAAACCGCGGUCGCGAUCAAAAGCCGAACCUCAAACCAAAAUCCCUCCGAGUCCGCGACAUCCACACGCUGCCACAACAGCCACACCUCCUUUGACCACCAAGGCCCCGCAAUCUUGGGAAGGAACAGAGCAAGGCGCGAGGCAGAAGACGACGUUAACUACAAGACCUCCAUCACCGCCUCCAAGUUCUAGUCCGCGGCCAUCGUCGUACACCCGGCAGCCGUUUACAAGUCAGCAACAUUUCCCACCUUCUUCUGCGCCGUAUGGACGAGACCAGAAACCUGAUCCCGAAGAUCCGAAGCUAAAGGCAGCGGCUCCCUUGUCAUCACCACCAUCUAAACCUCUCGCAAGAUCGGCCAAGUCUUUGGAUAACGUGAGCAGACAUGGGGAAAAUACAAUCAAAGUGCGGAAUUUGGCGCACAUCGAGAGUUUUGCAAAUGAAGAGUUUCUUUCCUCCAGAGGCCAACCUGGACGGCGGCGGACAGCGGCUGAACCAGCGCUGAGAUAUGAGAUCAGUGGGAUGCCUAUCGCAGAUAUUAUUGAGAUGGUGGCCGGGCUCUUGACCAAGAUCACAACGACAAAUGAUCGACAGCAUGAGAACCUACAUCGUCCCUUUCCAACUGCCACAGAUUCCGCAAAUCUGAGUGGCCUUUCAUCAAGCGUCCUUGCAUUUCACGGGAAGAACGUCCCCAGCAUAACUAUCCUAAGUUACUUGAGCCGCAUACACAAAUAUUGCCCAACAACCUACGAGGUAUUCCUGAGUCUGUUGGUAUAUUUUGACCGGAUGACUGAGCGCGUUAACACCGUCCCCAUUCACAACGUACGGCGAGAUUCCGGUGAUGCUAUGGAUCCGGAUUCUCGGCCCUCGACCUCUUAUUCAGCCUCCGGAUCAGAUCUGGCAGACAGUCCACCCGACUCGCAUAGCGUGCGUGAAGACUCAUCGGGUUCAGAGAAGGGGCAAUAUACACAUGCUCCAAAGACCGAAUCAGAUCCAGUUCAGUUCCCGCUCAGUCACUUCUUUGUGGUGGAUAGCUUUAAUAUCCAUCGGCUUGUUAUUGCAGGGGUCACCUGUGCUAGUAAAUUCUUCUCGGAUGUUUUUUAUACUAAUUCAAGAUAUGCUAAGGUCGGUGGUCUGCCUCUUGCCGAACUAAACCACCUCGAACUCCAGUUCCUCCUCUUAAAUGACUUCCGGCUCUCCGUCCCCGUGGAGGAGUUGGAAGCUUACGGCACGAUGCUGGUUGAAUUCUACGCGAGAGAAGUAAUCGCGCAGAGAGAAGCCGCGAGACUGGGUGAUCCGGCAUAUCCCGAGGAUGUGGAGAUGCAUGCCGCUUGA